UCCAAAAUGGCUACCACGAACCAACCGGUCUGUCAAAUCUUUUCCUUUCGAGAUUUUAAAACCUCUCCCGAUCCGAUUUUCGAGCCGACGGCAGCCUCGUGUGGGACAGCGACUCCGAUUGUGAUCGACAACGGCUCCUUCCAGACCAGAGCCGACUGGGCGACGGUGGACUCGGUGGCCCCGCGGCUGCUUUUCCGCUCGGUGGCAGCACGCAGCAGAGGAGCCGCCCGCAGCGAGACCCAGAUCGGCAACGACAUCCCCAACCUGGAGCCACUCCGGUGGCUGCUCAAAAGCCAGUUCGACCGCAACGUCGUGGUCAACUUUGAGAUCCAGGAGCUGAUUUUCGACUAUGUCUUUACUCACCUUGGCAUCACUUCAGAGGGCCAUGUGGAGCAUCCUAUUGUGCUGACCGAGGCGCCUUGCAACCCUCUGCACUGCCGGCAGAUGAUGUCAGAGUUGCUAUUUGAGUGUUACGGCGUUCCUCACGUUUCGUACGGAGUAGACGCCUUGUACAGUUUUUACCACACCAACAAUCAGAGGAACCUGCAGCCACCACAGACCGGGAUUGUUUUGUCCUCUGGGUACCAUUGCUCGCACAUUUUGCCUGUUGUCAAUGGCAGGUUGGAUGCGAUGAACUGUAAGCGUGUGAACGUGGCUGGAGGCCAGGCGGCAGCCUACCUUCAGAGGCUCCUCCAGCUCAAAUAUCCAGGUCACCUAGCUGCUAUCACACUUAGCCGCAUGGAAGAACUGCUGCAUGAACAUAGCUACACUGCAGUGGAUUAUCAAGAAGAGUUGGAAAAGUGGCGUAGCCCGGAGUUUUAUGAGCGCGAGGUUCACCGAAUGCAACUUCCCUUCUCGGGCAAGUUGCCGGGUGGCUGCGUGAGUGUGGAAGAGAGGCAAGAGAGGAGAGCUCAGCAGCUCAAGCGGCUUCAGGAGAUCAAUGCUCGACGUCGUGGUGAGAAGCUACAUCAGGACCAAGAGAGGCUGGAAAGACUAAUGGCUGUACAGGAGCUGCUGGAGGACGGCCUAUUGGAUCAGUUCCACAAGAGUCUGGUUGAGCUCAACAUGGACUCAGCCGAGGAGCUGCAGUCGUACAUCAGCAAACUGCAGCUGGCCGUGGAGCAGGGACGCCGCAAAAUGCUGCACAGCGACGGCGCUGAGGGAAAGGCAGAGGUGGCCGAGUUGGAGCAGCACAUGGAAGAGGGCGACGGCAUGGCCAUCAUGUAUCCUGACUUUUCUGAGGACAGCCUGCAGGAAAAAUCAAAUAUGAAUAUGGUCCAGCCGGCCUUCAAUAUGGCAGAAUACCACCAACUUUUUGUGGGCACAGAACGUCUGCGCUGCCCAGAGAUCCUCUUUCAGCCCUCGCUGACUGGAGAAGACCAGAUGGGGAUCAUGGAGACGCUUCAGUACAUGCUGGCAAGGUACACUGCUGAGCAGCAGGAGGCGCUAGUCAGCAAUGUUUUCUUGACCGGAGGGAACAUGCAGUAUCCAGGGAUGAGGGAAAGGAUAGAGCGAGAGCUGCUGGCCAUAAGACCCUUCCAGUCACACUUCAAGGUGACCAUGGCGACACAGCCAACCUUAGGUGCGUGGCUGGGGGCAAGAGACUGGGCUGUGGAGCACCCUCCCGGCGGUGGAAGAGGAGUAGCGGCGGGUUGGAUCAGCCGGCAGGACUACGAGGAGAAAGGAGGAGAGUACCUCAGUGAGCACUAUGCCUCCAACGUCUUUGUACCCAUCAAGAUCAACAAGACGCUUCCUGCUCGGCCGGCCGAGCCAUUCGUUACCAUGCCGACGGGACUUUCUGGACCAGUGGACACGGUUACGUCUACUCUGACUUCAUCUUCUACUUCGGGUGCUCCCAUGGCUUCAUCUUUAAUGUUACAGUGUUAACUGCGACGGAGUAUGUAUUUGUGUGCAGGAUCACACAAACGCUACAUAGUUCUUAACUCAAUAGUUGCCGUUGACGGCAAUAGACGUCCAAUCCGGCUCCUCCCAGUUCAAAUGGUUGGGAUGCUGAUCGCUGUCAAUCACUGAAACAUAAUACAUCCGUGAAUAGGUGCUGCUGUUUCGUUUGUCAAACAAAAUGGGGAAGUUAAAUACUAUAAAGAGUGUAUUUAAUUGGUUAAUCAUUAUAAAUGCAGUAAUGUUUUUUACACACUCACUGAUUUUGCACUUAGCAUUGACUUACUUGCUAUUUUUUCUAUCAACCACUUUUAGAAUAUGACCACCUUUACUGCUCAGAUUGAAGUUGAAUAACUAUAACAUGUCUCAACAGCAGAUUAUUUUCAACAAAAUAAACUAUGUACUCAUCCCAUAUUUGUACAUUUGUAAAUAAAGCUCUUUUUUCCCCUCUAAGCAAACUUUUAUAAAACGACCCAGCACAGCAAAAUGAGUCCCAGAGACCCAUUUCCCAAAACUAAGGUUUGAGGCAUAAUCAUAAGUGUAAAGUGUCCCCUUUACAAAGACAUUUAAGCCAUUUUGCAACGAAGUUUCAUGUGUAUUUGUUACUUUAACCUUUUCAAGCAGGAAUUAUGUUUUUUUAAACCCUUACAGGGCACCCUUUUAACUCACUGUGUGCCACUGACGGUGCUAGAUCUCCAUUUUGACUGGGAAGGGUGAAUGUAUUGGAUGUCUUUCACCAUCAAUGGCGUGUCAGGAG